CCUUAAAUGGUCGGCGCUGGGCGUCCAAGGCACCCUAUAAAUUCGCACAUUAAGCCUGGCAGGUCACUUCAAGCUCAGCAGCUCGAGUCAACAAUACCGACCGUUAGUAACCCGAAGUCAAAACCCUCUCAAUCAAAAUGUGUGACGACGACGUAGCCGCCUUGGUCGUGGACAACGGUUCCGGUAUGUGCAAAGCCGGUUUCGCCGGUGACGACGCACCCCGCGCGGUCUUUCCCUCGAUCGUGGGUCGCCCAAGACAUCAAGGUGUCAUGGUGGGCAUGGGUCAGAAGGAUUCGUACGUGGGCGACGAAGCGCAGAGCAAGAGAGGUAUCCUCACCUUGAAAUACCCCAUCGAGCACGGCAUCAUCACCAACUGGGACGACAUGGAGAAGAUCUGGCACCACACCUUCUACAACGAGUUGCGCGUGGCCCCGGAAGAGCACCCAGUGCUGCUCACCGAAGCCCCAUUGAACCCUAAAGCCAACAGGGAGAAGAUGACCCAGAUCAUGUUCGAAACCUUCAACACCCCCGCCAUGUACGUCGCCAUUCAGGCCGUGCUUUCCUUGUACGCUUCCGGUCGUACCACCGGUAUCGUCUUGGACUCAGGGGAUGGUGUCACCCACACCGUUCCAAUUUACGAAGGUUACGCUCUUCCGCACGCCAUCUUGCGUCUGGAUUUGGCCGGUCGCGACUUAACCGACUACUUGAUGAAGAUUUUGACCGAGAGAGGCUACUCGUUCACCACCACCGCCGAAAGGGAAAUCGUGCGCGACAUCAAGGAAAAACUCUGCUACGUCGCUUUGGACUUCGAGCAGGAGAUGGCCACCGCGGCCAACUCCACCUCUUUGGAGAAGAGCUACGAGCUCCCCGACGGUCAGGUGAUCACCAUCGGUAACGAGAGGUUCCGUUGCCCCGAAGCCCUGUUCCAACCCUCGUUCUUGGGAAUGGAGUCCUGCGGCAUCCACGAGACCGUCUACAACUCCAUCAUGAAGUGCGACGUUGACAUCAGGAAGGACUUGUACGCCAACACCGUUCUCUCCGGUGGUACCACCAUGUACCCAGGUAUUGCUGACCGUAUGCAAAAGGAAAUCACCGCCUUGGCCCCGUCCACCAUCAAGAUCAAGAUCAUCGCCCCCCCAGAGAGGAAAUACUCCGUCUGGAUUGGUGGAUCCAUCUUGGCUUCCCUCUCCACCUUCCAACAGAUGUGGAUCUCCAAACAGGAGUACGACGAAUCCGGCCCUGGAAUCGUCCACCGCAAAUGUUUCUAAGCACAGAUUUUUAUUUCAAAUAUCAGCUGUUAUUUUUAUAUAUCUUUGAACGGCUUAAGACUGCGUUUGAUAUCUGCAGGCAUUUAAGACUUUACACUAUUUAAUUAUUUAUUGUAUUAUACACUAUUUUACCUUUAUCAUCCAGUAGGUAUAGAAAUUUUAAUUGUUAAUAAAUUUUUAUUUCUUAAGUUUUUGUUUUUUAUUUUAAUUAUUUCUUA